ACGAGACGUAGGUAAACAUCGCGAGCGGGCGAACACUGCCGAUCGCGGCCGAGCGUGUGCCGAACACGCGCACCCACCCGCCGCGCCGCUCCACCCCGCCCCACAGUCACUGUUCGCGUUUCGGGCCGAACGUGCGCGGCGCGGCACGAAUUCGCGCUCUCCGCUCACAUUCGAAAAUAGAACGAUUAAUUUUUUUUUUCUCAAUUUUAAUCUAAACACAUGUACGCACAGCCCAAUUUCUAAUGAUCAAAAUGGCCGAUGUUGAAUGGACAAACGAAUUAGUUAUAAAACUAGUGGAGGAAUAUAGUAAGAAACCGGAGCUAUGGGACAAUACGCACAAGUGGUACCGAAUGCACACAGCUAAGUACGAAGCGUGGACUGAUUUGGCGAAUAUGUUUGACUGUGACAUCGCCGAUUUAAGGAAGAAAUUAAACUCGAUAUUCGCAUCGCACAGGCGCGAAAAAGCGAAAGUUCGGUGCGGCGGGCGCUCGCUGUGGUUUCUUUACAACCAUCUGAAGUUCCUGCCGAAUCAUUUGGACAACGAUAACAAUCCGGAUGCCGUUGUUAUGAAAUCAAAUAACUCCCGUAUAGAAGAGGAUUUUGAAGAGCACACAUCGGAUGACAACAACCAUGAUGUCGACGAGGACCAUGAAGAGAUUAUCAUAAAAGAGGAACCAGUCGUGCAAACGUAUGUGAAACCAAAAUCAUAUAAAUACACGACUCAUAAGCCACGUCUCACGAAAACAAUAAAACGUAGAAUUAUUAGAGAAGCCCCCGCUAAUUCGAGCAGCAGAAUAGACAGUAAAAUUCUAGAAACUUUAAGACUAAUACGAAAAUCUGAUUUGUCACGAAAGAAGGAUGAGUGUGACAGUUUCGGCGAAUAUAUUGCUGAUUCAUUAAGAAAACACGAUGAUAGAACUCAGUCGAUGAUAAAACAAGCUAUAAAUAAUAUAUUGUUUGAGCAAGAAAUGAAAAAGUACAGUACUAAUCAAUAUGAAGUUGUUAUAACAGGUGUCGACGAGAACCCUUUAAUUUUAGGUGAUACAGAUAGUAAUGAUAAAUAAAUAAUUUUGUUAUAAA